AUCAGCAUGGGCUACUUGAGACAGAUCCAGCUUCUGCUCUGGAAAAACUGGACUGUGAGGAAAAGGCAAAAGAUUCGUUUUGUGGUGGAACUUGUGUGGCCCUUAUCAUUAUUCCUGGUCUUGAUCUGGUUAAGAAAUGUCAAUCUACCCUACAGCCACCAUGAAUGCCAUUUUCCCAACAAAGCCAUGCCUUCUGCAGGACUUUUGCCAUGGCUCCAGGGAAUUAUCUGCAACAUGAAUAAUCCUUGUUUUCAAAGUACCACCCCUGGAGAAUCUCCUGGAAUUGUGUCAAACUAUAACAACUCCAUUCUGGCAAGGGUAUAUCGAGAUUUUCAAGAGCUUCUUAUGGAUGCCCCAGAGAGCCAGCACCUUGGCCAAGUCUGGUCAGAGCUGUGUGCCUUGUCCCAGCUGAUGAAGACCCUUAGGAUGCACCCGGAGAGAACGGCAGGAAGAGGAAUACGCAUUCAGGAUGUCCUUAAACAUGAGGAAACACUUACACUAUUUCUGAAGAAAAACAUUGGCCUGUCUAACUCGGUUGUCCACCUUCUGGUCAGCUCCCAAGUCCGUCCUGAGCAGUUUGUUCAUGGAGUCCCAGACCUGGCACUCAAGGACAUUGCCUGCAGCGAGGCCCUCCUAGAACGCUUCCUCAUCUUUAGCCAGCGCCAUGGAGCACGGAUGGUGCGAGAAGCCCUGUGCCCACUCUCUCAGGGAACCCUGCAGUGGGUGGAAGAUUCGCUGUAUGCUAAUAUAGACUUCUUCAAUCUCGUCCAUGUGUUUUCCACUUUCCUAGACAGAGGUUCUCAAGGUAUUGAUAUGAGAUCCUGGGGAAAAGUAUUAUCUAAAAUGUUACCAAGAAUUCAAGAGUUCAUCCAUCGGCCGAGUGUGCAGGAUUUGUUAUGGGUGAGCAGGUCUUUUGGACAGACUGGGAGACCUGACACAAUAACACAGCUGAUGGCCAGUUUGUCUGCCCUUUUGUGUGGCUACCCAGAGGGAGGAGGCUCACGAGUGUUCUCCUUUAAUUGGUAUGAAGACAACAACUAUAAGGCCUUCCUGGGUAUUGACUCCAGCCGGAAAGAUCCCUUUGAGACUUCUAACAGAAGAGGAAUGACCUUUUGUCAUGCGUUGAUCCAGACCCUGGAGUCAAACCCUCUCACCAAAAUAGCCUGGAGGGCCGCAAAGCCUUUGCUGAUGGGAAAAAUCCUCUACACUCCAGAUUCUCCAGCAGCUCGCAAGAUACUAAAGAAUGCUAACUCAACUUUUGAGGAGUUGGACCGCUUUAGGAAGUUGGCCAAAGCCUGGGAAGAAGUAGGACCCGAGAUCUGGUACUUCUUUGACAAGAGCACACAGAUGACCAUGAUCAGAGACAUUUUGGCGAACCCAACAGUCAAAGACUUUUUAAAUAGGCAUUUUGGUGAAGAAGGUUUGACUGUGGAGAUGGCACUAGACUUCCUGUAUAAUGGUCCUCGGGAGAGACAGGUGGACAGCAUGGACAGCUUUAACUGGAGGGAUGUGUUCAACAUCACUGAUCAUACUCUGCGUCUGGUGAAUCAAUACCUGGAGUGCUUGAUCCUGGAUAAAUUUGAAAGCUACGAUGAUGAAAUUCAGCUCACACAGAGAGCCCUAUCUCUGCUGGAGGAAAACAGGCUCUGGGCAGGAGUGGUAUUCCCUGACAUGUAUCCCUGGACCAGCUCCGUACCUCCUCAUGUGAAGUACAAGAUACGGAUGGACAUAGACAUGGUGGAGAAAACCAAUAAGAUCAAAGACAGGUUCUGGGACUCGGGUCCCAGAGCAGAUCCAGUGGAAGACUUCCGAUACAUCUGGGGAGGAUUUGCCUACCUGCAGGACAUGAUUGAACAAGGAAUCACAAGGAGUCAGGCACAGGCUGAGGUUCCUAUUGGCAUCUAUCUACAGCAGAUGCCUUACCCCUGCUUUGUGGACGACUCUUUUAUGAUCAUCCUGAACCGCUGUUUCCCUAUCUUCAUGAUGCUGGCUUGGAUCUACUCUGUCUCCAUGACUGUAAAAAGUAUUGUCUUAGAGAAGGAGUUAAGACUAAAGGAGACCUUGAAACAUCAGGGGGUUUCCAAUGCAGUGAUUUGGUGUACCUGGUUUCUGGACAGCUUCUCCAUUAUGUCAAUGAGCAUCUUCCUCUUGUCUAUAUUGAUCAUGCAUGGGCGAAUUCUACACUAUAGCAAUCCACUCAUCCUCUUCCUGUUCCUGUUGGCUUUCUCCAUCGCGACCAUCAUGCAGUGCUUCCUGCUCAGCACCUUCUUCUCCAAGGCCAGUUUGGCUGCAGCCUGCAGUGGCCUCAUCUACUUGACCCUCUACCUGCCACAUAUUCUCUGCUUCGCCUGGCAAGACCGCAUGACCUUUGACCUGAAGAUGGCUAUGAGCCUGUUGUCUCCAGUAGCAUUUGGAUUUGGCACUCAGUACCUGGUUCGUUUUGAGGAGCAAGGUCUGGGUCUGCAGUGGGACAAUAUUGGAACCAGUCCCAUGGAAGGGGAUGGAUUUAAUUUUCUCUUGUGCAUGAAGAUGCUGCUGCUUGAUGCUAUACUGUAUGGCCUGCUUGCCUGGUACCUCGACCAGGUGUUUCCAGGAGACUAUGGAACCCCACUUCCUUGGUAUUUCCUUCUACAAGAAUCCUAUUGGCUUGGCAGUGAAGGAUGUUCAACCAGAGAAGAGAGGGCUCUGGAAAAGACAGAGCCCCUGACAGAGGAAAUGGAAGAUCCAGAAGCCCCAGAAGGAGUUAAAGGCUCCUUCUUCGAACAUGAGCUUCCAGGCUUAGUGCCUGGCGUCUGUGUGAAGAAUCUCGUCAAGAUUUUUGAACCCAAUGGCAGGCCAGCCGUGGAUCACCUCAACAUUACCUUCUACGAGAGCCAGAUCACUGCACUCCUUGGUCACAAUGGAGCGGGGAAAACUACCACCUUGUCCAUCCUGACGGGUCUGUUGCCACCAACACUGGGGACUGUGCUUAUUGGGGGAAAGGACAUUGAGAGCAACCUGGAUGAAAUUCGGCAGAGCCUUGGCCUAUGUCCACAACACAACAUCCUUUUCCACCACCUCACAGUGGCUGAGCACCUCCUCUUCUACGCACAACUGAACGGGAAGUCCACAGGAAAAGCCAAGCUAGAGAUGGAAACCAUGUUGGGGGACCUGGGCCUUCACUACAAGAGGAAUGAAGAAGCACAGGAUCUCUCAGGUGGCAUGCAGAGAAAGUUGUCCGUGGCUAUAGCUUUUAUGGGUGAUGCAAAGGUGGUGGUUCUGGAUGAACCCACUGCUGGGGUGGACCCCUACUCCAGACGUUCUAUCUGGAACUUGCUCCUGAAGUAUCGCAAAGGCAGAACCAUCAUCAUGUCCACUCACCACAUGGAUGAGGCUGACCUUCUCGGAGAUCGCAUUGCCAUUAUUUCCCAAGGAAAGCUCUACUGCUCAGGGACCCCACUCUUCCUGAAGAGCUGCUUUGGCACUGGCUUCUACUUGACCUUGGUGCGCAGAAUGAAAACCGUGCAGGGCCAAAGGAGAGGCUGCCAGGGAGCCCACGUCUGCACAUCUCCCAGCUGCUCCGGAGCAUGUCCAGCCUGCCCAGAUGACAGGAGUCUGGAACAAGUUCUGGAUGGGGAUGUGAAUGAGCUGACGGAUAUGGUUCACCACCACGUUCCAGAGGCCAAGCUAGUAGAAUGCAUUGGCCAAGAACUUGUCUUCCUUCUUCCAAAUAAGAACUUCAAGCAGAGAGCCUAUGCCAGCCUUUUCAGAGAGCUGGAGGAGACACUCGCUGACCUGGGGCUCAGCAGUUUUGGGAUUUCUGACACUCCUCUGGAAGAGAUUUUUCUGAAAGUCACAGAGGAUUCUGACUCAGGACUUCUACUUGCUGGCUACACUCAGCAUACAAGAGAGGAUGUCAACUUCCGCUGUCCUACUGUGGGUUGGACAGAGAAGGCCAGACAUACAUCCCAGGUCUCCAACAACUGCUCUGUGGAACCAGCUCCUCACCCCAAGGACCAGACUUCUGGGGAGCAGGUAGAGCACUCCCGGUUCAACUCAGGAACAUGGCUGGUCCUCCAGCAAGUACAAGCACUGCUGGUCAAGCGAUUCCACCACUCGGUCCGCAGCCACCAGGACUUCCUGGCCCAGAUUGUGCUCCCGGCCACUUUUGUGUGUUUGGCUUUGAUGCUUUCCAUCAUCGUCCCUCCUUUUGGUGAAUAUCCCGCGUUGACCCUCCACCCCUGGAUGUAUGGACAACAGUAUACCUUCAUCAGCAUGGAUCAGCCAGACAAUGAGCAGCUCUUAGUCCUCGCAGAUGUGCUCCUGAACAAGCCAGGCUUUGACAACCGCUGCCUGAAGGAAGAGUUGCUUCUGUGAAACACCUGUGGCAAUGCAACCCCCUGGCAAACGCCCACUGUGGCCCCUAGUGUCAUCCAUCUGCUGCAGAGGCAGGACUGGACGGUAGAUGACCCUUCACACUCCUGCAAAUGCGGCACCCGUGAGAAGCUCACUAUGCUCGCUGAGUGCCCCCCGGGGGCAGGAGGACUCCCACCCCCUCAAAGAACACAGAGUAGCACAGAGAUUCUGCAAGACCUCACCAACAGGAACGUCUCCGACUUCUUGGUCAAAACCUAUCCCGCACUGAUAAGAAGCAGCCUAAAGAGCAAAUUCUGGGUCAAUGAACAAAGAUACGGAGGAAUUUCCAUUGGAGGGAAGCUCCCAGUUCUUCCCCUCACUGCGGAUGCCCUUGUUGGAUUUCUCAGCGGCCUUGGGCAGCUCAUGAAUGUGAGCGGGGGCCCUAUCACCAGAGAGGCCUCUAAAGAAAUGUCUGCCUUUCUCAAACAUCUGGAAACUGAAGACAACAUUAAGGUAUGGUUUAACAACAAAGGCUGGCAUGCCUUGGUCAGCUUCCUCAACGUGGCCCACAAUGCCAUCUUACGGGCCAGCCUGCUUAAGGACAAGGACCCUGAGAAGCAUGGCAUCACAGUUAUAAAUCAUCCCUUGAAUCUGACCAAGGAGCAGCUCUCAGAGAUUACAGUGCUCACUACCUCGGUGGAUGCAAUGGUUGCCAUCUGUGUGAUUCUCGCUAUGUCCUUCGUCCCAGCCAGCUUUGUCCUCUAUUUGAUCCAGGAGAGGGUGAAUAAAGCCAAACACUUGCAGUUUCUCAGUGGAGUGAGCCCAACCACCUACUGGGUGACCAACUUUCUCUGGGACAUGGUGAACUACUCUGUGAGUGCCAUGCUGGUGGUUGGCAUCUUCAUGGGCUUCCAGAAGCAAGCCUACAUUUCCCCACACCAUCUCCCUGCCCUUGUGGCCCUGCUCAUGCUCUACGGAUGGGCUAUCAUCCCCAUGAUGUACCCAGCAUCCUUCCUGUUUGAUGUCCCCAGCACAGCCUAUGUGGCCUUGUCCUGUGCUAAUCUCUUCAUCGGAGUCAAUAGCAGUGCCAUCACAUUCAUCUUGGAAUUAUUUGAGAAUAACCCAACGCUGCUCAGGUUCAAUGCCAUACUGAAGAGGUUACUCCUAAUCUUCCCCCAUUUCUGCCUGGGCCGGGGCCUCAUCGACCUGGCGCUGAGUCAGGCAGUGACUGACGUCUAUGCCCGGUUCGGCGAGGCACACUCUUCGAAUCCAUUCCAAUGGGACCUGCUGGGGAAGCACCUGGCUGCCCUGGCUCUAGAAGGGGUGCUGUACUUCCUUCUCACCCUCCUCAUCCAGAACCACUUCUUUCUUACUCCAUGGAUAGCUGAGCCCACUAAGGAGCCCAUUGUAGAUGAAGAUGAUGAUGUGGCUGAAGAAAGACAAAGAAUUUUAAGUGGAGGGAAUAAAAUGGCUCUCUUAAGGCUGAAUGAAUUAACCAAGGUAUAUUCUGGCAGUUCCAGUCCAGCAGUGGACAGGCUGUGUGUGGGGGUCCGCCCUGGAGAGUGCUUUGGCCUCUUGGGAGUGAAUGGAGCUGGAAAAACAACCACUUUCAAGAUGCUCACCGGAGACACCACAGUCACCUCUGGUGAUGCCACCAUAGUAGGCAAGAGCAUUUUAACCAAUACUUCUGAUGUUCGUCAAAAUAUGGGCUACUGUCCUCAGUUUGAUGUCAUCGAUGACCUUCUCACAGGGAGAGAGCACCUUUACCUCUAUGCACGACUUCGAGGGGUACCAGCAGAGGAAAUUGAGAGUGUUGCACAAUGGAGUAUUAAGAGUCUGGGCCUGUCUUUCUAUGCGGACCGCCUGGCUGGUACUUAUAGUCACGGCAACAAGCGGAAACUCUCCACAGCCAUCGCACUGGUGGGCUGCCCACUACUGGUGCUACUGGAUGAGCCCACUACAGGCAUGGACCCGCAGGCACGCCGCAUGCUAUGGCACACCAUCAUGAGCAUCAUCAGAGAAGGAAGAGCUGUGGUCCUCACAUCCCACAGCAUGGAAGAAUGUGAGGCCCUGUGCACACGGCUGGCCAUCAUGGUGAGGGGGACCUUUCAGUGUCUGGGAACCAUACAGCAUCUCAAGUACAAGUUUGGAGAUGGCUACAUCGUUACAAUGAAAAUCAGAUCCCCAAGGGACAGCCUCCAACCAGACCUGAACCCAGUGGAGCAGUUUUUCCAGGGGAACUUCCCGGGCAGCGUGCAAAGGGAGCGACACCACAACAUGCUGCAGUUCCAGGUCUCCUCCUCCUCCCUGGCUAGGGUCUUCCAGUUGCUCCUCUCUCACAAGGACAGUCUGCUCAUCGAGGAGUACUCUGUCUCGCAGACCACACUGGACCAGGUAUUUGUGAACUUUGCUAAACAACAGAAUGAAACUCCCUUUUUACCUUGA